AUGGCAGGCGGAGACUCGCCAACUCACCGACCGGGCCCCCGGGAAUGGUUGCUAGUAAUAGCAACAGAGGGACAACGGAAAUACUUGGCCAAUACUGAUUCAGCCAUGCUGGGAGGCGAGGGGAUGGGCUCGCUUCAGACGGAACAGCGCAGUCUGGAGAUACAGGAAUACCGUCGUAACUACUUCAGCAUAGUGGUGGCGGCGAUCCUAGCGCGGGCCCGUCGCGAGUCGGACGACACCGAUGACAUCACCGAGGCCGCGGCUCGCUGCCACAUCAGCGACCAGCCGAUCACCGCUCCAGAAGCGCAGUUACGAUGUUCAUCUGGAGGAGCUGUAAUGGAGCCAUUAUUGGCAGUCCAUCACGACACCUUCUCUGGUUGCAGCGGCGACAGAAGUAGUCGAGGGAGUGGCGGUGACUACGGCAGCGGCAUGACCGACGGCGUGGGUCGCAGGAUCGAUGUUGGGGACGGCGGAGGUGGCAAAAAACCUACCUUUGGCCCUGGGUUUGGUGGGGGAGGAGUAAGCUUUGCCCCUAAACCGGAGAUCGGACCGGUAGUUUGCCAGCCGCCGCACAUACUACGCAGUGCGGCCGCCGACCCUAGGACCGCGCUGCCCAUUAUUAAAGUAGCGGGAUCACUGGGUAGCAGACCUGGAUGGUUCGGCGACCAUCAUGUCAGUUCCCCGACCCUUGAGGGGCCUCAGCGUGGCACGGCUCAGUUCAGAGAGAUCACCGUGGCGGGUGUGUACUUUUCUGCGAACGGAAACUUCGCCGAUUUCCACAACACGGGAACAAUGAACAGCGACGAAAGCUUUAACAACAGGAAGCAAAAACUUAGUAACAUCAUUAAGAAGAUCACUGAGAGCCAGUUAUUAAAGACGCAGGGUGACCCCAACGCCCGGUCCCUUAGACAGGACUGCAGCUUCGGGAUGACCACUAAAGUCCGUGAUUCAGAGGCCAACAAGGGGAUCCCGAUGUCACAUCUCAACGAUAAAGAGAUGACUCACGUAGCGGGAAGCAGUAGCAGCAGACUGGACCUGCCGGGGCCAAGCUCGGAGGAUGCAGCCUGUAUGCCACCACCACCACCCCCAGGACCUUUAGGUAGCACGCAAACGCGUCUGUAA